AUGAUUCCGUUGUACAUGGUAAAGCUGUUUAGGGGAAAGAUAAACAAGCUAGCGGAGGGAGUAGGUGGUGAGGUGCUCCAGUAUGAAUAUGAAGAGGAGGAGGGUAUCGAGGAGGAUACAUCGACGCAAGCUCAGCAUGCGGUGAGCGGCCAGGGCGGCGAUGCGAAUAGGCAGGAGGACUCGAGCUCGGAAUCGACGUCCGGCUCGAGCUCGAGCGAUGAGUCUGUCGAGCACGAUGGUGGGACGCAGCAGACGGUGGAGCACGGAGUGGCGCUCGGGGAGCGGGUUGCUGUCGAGGAGCAGGAGGGCGAAACGGCUGUGCAGGCUGUCGAGGAGCAGGAGGGCGAAGCGGCUGUGCAUGAGCGUGGGGCAGGAGUGCAGCACCAGGAGGAGGGCGGGGAGGCUGCGCAGGAGGGUGCGAUAGGAGGGCAGCAGCAAGAGGGAGGGAAGGCUGCGCAGCAGGGUGCGACAGGAGGGCAGCAGCAGGAGGGCGUGACGGCUGCGCAGCAGGGUGCGACAGGAGGGCAGCAGCAGGAGGGCGUGACGGCUGCGCAGCAGGGUGCGACAGGAGGGCAGCAGCAGGAGGGCGUGACGGCUGCGCAGCAGGGUGCGACAGGAGGGCAGCAGCAGGAGGGCGUGACGGCUGCACAGGAGGGUGGGGCAGGAGGGCAGGAGCAAGAGGGCGGGGAGGCUAUGCAUGAGUGUCUCCGAGGAGACGAGCGACAGGUCGGAGUUACAAGGAUACACCGCACGGCCAGUGGCAGCGGACAAGCGGGCCCAUCGAGGGGGCGCCCGUCGACGGUGGGCCAUUCGACGUCGGACAUUGCAUCCGGAGGCCAGGUUGUCGAGCUACUGCAGAGGGUCGCGGAGGUGGAUGCGUCGCAGAAGCAGCUCGUCGCCGACGUAUUUGCGAAGCAUAGCGAGCAAGCCGUAGUUUUCAACAGGCUUGCUGCGGAUUUUCGGACGGCCUGGGGAACGAUUUCGGAGUCGUCGAAGAGGACGCUGAAGCAGUGCGCCGACGCUGUAAACGGCGUCACGGAGGAGAGGAAGCUGUUGGAAGGGGUGCGGACAAAGCUCGACGAAAUGAGCGGAAAGAUCAUCGAGGGUGUGGCCGCCGCCAUCGUAAAAGCGAGCGAGGACGCCGUCGAGAAGCAGCUCAAGCUGGUCGAGGAGCGGCUGGCUGCUUCGGUCAUGAAGGGUAUCGAGAAUGCCGUCAAGGAGGACUUGUUCUACUCCAACCUCCCACCCGAGACCAUGAAGCAGCUGAAGGACAUUGUGAGAGAAGGCCACCUGGAAGGUGAAGCGGGGAGAUUGGAAGUCCUCACCGAAGCGGUGGCGAGGGGGUUACAGCGCUCGACGGGCCCGUCGACGAGAUCGCGUCAGGAGGGUGUGGCAGAGGUUCGCAGCGGGACCGAGCCUCGACUUCACACGGGCGUGGUUCCUCCUUCUUCUUCGGUGGGAGGACAUGUCGGCAGCCGGGUAGCAUCACCACCGUCGCGUGGCCGUCAUCCUGUCGCCAAGUCCGUGGAGGACAACGAGGUCAUAGUACUCGACCAGUCACCCCUCCCGAAGAGCUCCGAAGCAGCUGCGAUGCCUCCAACUGAUGCGUUUGCUCCGAUGCGCGACAUUCUGCAGGGUUUGGGGAUUACGGGUGGGAAAGGAGUGGUUGCGGGGGAGAAAAGUGGUGCCGCAAUCGAUUCCGUCGCCGCAGACGGGAAAAAAGCCUUGGGAAAGCGAGGUGUCCCCACCCCGUCCGGAGGCGCUGCGGGCCAAGGGGCGGGAGAGACGUCAGCUGGGUUGUUGUCGAAGACAAAAGCAGCAUCCGCUGCGCAGAGCGGUGGUGCUGGCCGUCCUGUCGAGCUGGUAGGAUAUUGGGCGUCUUCCUCUACCCCUGCAGUUGCUCCUGUCGCUGCUCCGGCCCUGGGCGACGUCUGCCUUAGCGAUCCGGGUUCCCCUUCGAUGUCGAAGAAGAAGCCGGCUGCGACGAAGUCGUCGAAGCGCUCUGCACAGGCUACAGAGAGCUUUGACGUCGUGGAGCUGGCCAGCCUCUCUGGCCAGGCUCCUGUCGUGAAGACGUCUACCGUCGUUGCUGCUCGACAGGAGAAGGCGAAAAAGGCCAAGGUCAUGGGUUACACCCCACCUCCUCGGCCGGACGACCAAGGCAAGACGAGAGGCAGCAAAGCUCCCUUCAGAGGACCGGGUUUCGGGUUGCGGAAGGGGAAGCCGGUUUCCGAGCAGACCGUUGGCGGGAGGAAGCGGUUCCUUGGCACUUUUGAAACAGAGAAGGACCAGAAGUUCUGUACGGCCGUCUGCUGGCGCGUGUACUUCCCCGACAUUGUCCUUACGGAGUACGAAUGGUACACGGCACAGGAUGAGAAGGACUGGAAGGUCUACCUCGAUGCGGCCGCAGAAAUGCCAACCGGCGUUUGGAGCGUGGCGCAAGAACAAGGGGAAUGUCGUUUCGACGAUUUCAAGUCGCUGUUGGCGACGGCAGAAAAGGAAGUGAGAGCUGGAACCGAUAGGGGAAUCGCGCUGUGCGUGGCGAUUGGUAAGGUCGCGACGCUUGGCCUGAAGCACGGGAACCUGAUUUACCCGGUCCCGAAGGGCAUGGCGGCGACACCGCACAUGAUGGCCAUCGCAGCAACUGUGGCGAGCUUGUGGGCGGCCUGCAGGAAGUUGUCGAGGGAGGAUAUUGAGAAGGAUGCCCUAGCUGCCGCAAACGCUGCGCUCUACGCCCCGGAGACUGCAAGCAAGGCUUGUGUGGCUGCCAUGGCCGCGCUCGUGUCCAUACUUUUGCACGUCGGCAAAACGUUCCCGGCGAAGCAGUGGCCCGAUCAGCUGUAUUCGACGGCUGUCCAAGGUCUCGGCUCGACGGACGCCAUACUGUUGCAGAUGCUGCGCGUGGCAGCACAGGUCUGUACGCAAUGGUGCUGCUGUCGAGCUGCUGCGCGCUUGCUAGAGGACGCGGGCUAUGGCAACCUGGCUAUGCCAGAAGAAAAGAGCAAGGCGAAGCUGGGCGACGAGGAUGCUGCGGAGACGAAAACGGCCGGGCAAGGAGAGUAG